GGUCUCUCCACAUCCUGAUCAGCAGCUACUCCAGGCCAUGAUCAUUAUGGGCAAACUAUGAGACAUGAGGUGAGGAUACAUGUAGUUCAAGGUAUGAAGUGAAGGGCAGGUGAUGUUGGGAGACUUGUGAAGCUCUUGCCUAGCAGUUGGCAAUCAAUUUUGCUUGGGAAUUGUAAGACCUGGGCCUUUUUUGUGGUUGCUUAUGGCACUUUGAAUCCUGUUUCUUUGCUAUCUGAGUAGCGUGUGGGGAUCCUGGGGAAGGAAGCAUCACACGUGAAUUAUUAACCUUUUUUCAUAGAAGGUUAUUUUAUUAUAAAUGGACAUAUGCAACUUGGAUUUUCCUUUCCAAGGCUCCACAAAUACUAUCAGGGUUGUGUCUGUAUUUAAUACUUUUAGCCAAGCAAAGUGUGAUCUAGUUGUGGUUUAACUCCCUUUAAUGCUACAGGCUCAUCGUAUUCAACAUCCAUUUUAGCCAGGAGGGAAAGGAGCAUUUGGUGCUGUGGAAGCAGUGGGUGUUGGAUCCCUGACAUAACAUGACAGCUUUUCCUGUAGCGCCCACAGCAUUACUCAGGAAAUUCUCUCUCAAAAAGAUGCCAGCUCUCUUUCCCUUGGAGCCAAAGCAAAAUGUAUUUUUUCUGACAUUUCCUCACUCUUUGUUAACCCUUCUUUGCUAUUGCUGAAAUGGAAACUUCCCAAGGCCCUCUGAGCAUGAUGAUGCUUUGGAUGAAAGGGAAGCUGCCGUGGAGCAGCACGUAUCUGAGCACCAGUGAGAGGCCCCUGAGUGCUCACCCAGGAGAAGGGGGAAUGUGAGCAUGAAUCACAAGCUGUAGAACCGGGAAAGCGGCUCUGUCAGCACAGUUAUUCCUUGAAUCACUCUUAGCAGCAGGUCAGCUGGCAGAUGGUUGCAGCCUGAAGUGAAAGCUUAUAACUCACCAGCCACCAAAUAGUCCCAAAAGUGAAUAUCUGCAUUUCAUCAGCAUUUCAUAUUGUCUUUGUGAAAAAUGGCAUUCACUUACAGGUAAUUGGUUGUGCUUUAGUUUCCUGUGGCUUCCUAUGCAUUCGUUUGUGUUAGGUCAGCUCAGCUGCUUUAUAAGCUUGGAAAUAUGCUUCAAACCUGAUGAGCUUGCAUUGUGAAAGAACACAAGUAGAUUUCAAAUACCAGACCUGUGAGCCUUUCUACCAAGCUGCAUUAAGCAGGUGAUCCUGCUCUGCUCAGCAGUGGUACAGCCACACCUGGAGUUCUGUGUCCACAUCUGGGCCCCCGAGUGCAAGGGAGACCUAGAUGUACUGGAAGGUCCAAAAUAGGACUACUGAGAUGAUCAAGGGACAGCAGCACCUCUUAUGAGAUGGGGCUGGGAGCUGGGAUGGUUCAGCCUGGGGGGGCUCAAGAUCUUAUCAGUUUCAAAGGAAGAGUGCAAAAGAGCCUUACUAUUUCCUGUGGUGCCCACUGCCAGAACAAGAAGUGCUGGGCAUAACCUGGAACACUGAAAGGUUCUGCCUAAACAUCAAGAACCACUUCUUUACUGCGCAGGUAAUGGAGCACUGGCACAGGUUGCCCAGAGGGCUGUGGAGUCUCACUGUGCUCUGUGCAAUAAGCGCCGCUUUAACGAUGUCUUUUCCACUUGCCUGAAGGAAAGCAAUAGCAUAAUGCUUAGUGAUGCAGCAGUUGUUUUGGAAACCCUGCCAGCACAGGGAUUACCCCUUUACCUUCAGAGGCAUGUAGUAGAAUUUCAGGGGAAAAAAAAGAAAUGUCUGCAAUAUUUGAAUCAGCCCAGCGAGGGGAAUCAUUGUCAUUGGAGAGGCUUCCCCGGAUAGUGUUUUUGUGACCAGACUCUUAUGGUUUUGUCUUGUUUCUGUUCCGUCCCUAAAAUGUUAGAGCAAGGAGCAGAUCAGCACAGGAAAUAUGACUGGAAGAUACAUCUAUUUUGCUGUGGAGGAAUCAUUUAUCUUUGUACUGUUCACUCGCUUCUUGUAUUCAGGUUUACUGUGUCCUGCAUGGGAACAUUCCUCUACCAUAGCCAUGACAUUCAGGAGGAGCUAAUUAAGCAAUUAUAUUAUCAGGUGAUGGGAGUAAAAAUCUCAUCUACACAGUGCAUGGAUUUAGCAGUCUGACUCAUUCUAGUUUAUGGCUUACUGUUAUGUAAUCGGUGUGUUGCUACAUAGGUGCGUGCUGUGCAAAACAGAAGUAAACAGCUGCUCUGCCAUGUGUGUUACACAUAUGGGGAUCACGACUUCAGUCAGCUGACCAUAGAGAAAAGGUGACAACAGGCUUCUGCCCAUCAGCUGUGAGUGCACAUACAACAGUUGUUUUUGUGUCAGUCACUAAUGGUGGAAUCCACUGCAACACAAGACAAGGUAUUAGAUAACACAGGGUACUCCAAAGCCCUAUAGUGAAGUGUGGAAGAGGGUGCAGUGUGCUCAGCAACAUCAACUUUGUGCAGUGAGAUUAGAGCAGAGAGUAAUGGAGAAAAUGGCACUGUUGAAUUGAUCUGUUCCCAUAGUGGGAAUCCUCUGUAAAUGAUGGAACAGGGCAGAGAAGGUGAAAAAAUGUCUUUUGGUUUGGUACAAUGAUGUGAUUUUAAAUUGAAGGAGAUGCUGUAGCUCAUGUUGAGGUAUGUUGUUUCCUUUCCUUUUGACAAUACAGAAGGUAUCGGUUCAGGUUCAUGGACUAGAUUUGGUAGCAGUAUUUCUCCUUAGGCUUGAGAAGCUGUACAGAGGCAGGUACGGAUGGCACCCUCUGCUUUCCUGUCUGAUAGGCAGUCAGGAUGGAUGGAAGAGGCUAAAUUAAAAACACAGAAGUAGCCUUUCUGGUUUUUCUUGAUAGCUGGUAUAAAGGACAGAAGGGAGCAGUCUGUGCAUUGCAAUUAACAUCGAGUGCUAUUGCAGCUCAUCCUGUAAUGCGAUACAGAUACCAUCUCAGCUGAAAAUUGAACAGUGCACUGAGUCAGAAACACAGAACAGUGCUGGGUUUUGAAGAAAGUAAUUGGCCUUAGGGACCUGGUGAGUUUCUCAUUUCCUCUGCGGUAAACACAGGGAAGUGGGGCAGUACUUCCCAUAGGCUCCCAAAGUCAAUUUAAACAAGUUACACAGCCAGUUUAUAAAAGAGUCUUAAUAAAUGCACAGUAGAAGGCAGACACACCUCCCAUGUUCCUGCAGUGCCCUUCAUAUCAGGGCCAUGCUGACUUCCUUGCAUGAACGUGGAAUUCUCUGCAUGUGUGUGUACCCCUGAGCCAGCCCUGAGCCUCUGCUGGAGAACACAGCCUCUGUGUGCCCCUGCUGUGCCAACAAGGGCAGUGCUGCUGUGUUGGGCUGCCUGGAUCAAUAUUAGCUGCGCUUGUCCGGAACCAGGUGUUUUAGGCCUGUCCUCUGCGUGCUGCUUCACCUGCCAUUGCUCCCCUCCAUCCCACAGUACAGCAGUGGCCCCGUCCUUUGUGCUGCCCUGUGCCUGGCCUGCAGAAAAGCAGCGACUGGAGGAUUUCUGGGACUUGCUAAUGAUGUAAACUCUGUUUUCCUUCUUCAGUAGAUUAAAAGUUUGUGUUGCACAAAUAACACUGCUGGCAGCCAGGAAAGCUUUGAUGUUGAUAAUGACAGGAUGCGAUGGCCGGCAGCUGUAGCUCACAGGAUUCACACAAGAAGCGAGGAAUCAGGCUGUGCAGACUCCCAGCCAUGAUUCCACCAUCUGCAACAACCCCCGUCAGUGAUGGUGCGCUUUUGCCAAGUGUGGUUUCUCAGGAGACGUGGAGGCCACAAGUUCCAGGCUAUUCUGGGUCGGUCACACAGCACAUAAGUCACCGGGCUAAUAACUUCAAGAGACAUCCGAAAAGGAGGAAAUUAAUCCGCCCUUCGCCACCACCACCGCCAAAUACUCCCUGUCCUAUUGACUUGAUUGGCUUUGGGGAUCUCCAGCCUCAGAGAUCUUUCCUGGAACUCCUGUUUAAUGGGUGCAUUCUCUUUGGGCUUGAGUUUAGCUAUGCCAUGGAAACAGCCUAUGUUACACCUGUGUUGCUUCAGAUGGGGCUGCCAGACCAGCUGUAUGGAAUGGUGUGGUUCAUCAGCCCCAUACUAGGGUUUCUGCUGCAGCCUUUGCUGGGGGCCUGGAGUGACAGAUGCACAUCCCGAUUCGGGAGGAGAAGACCUUUCAUUCUGGUCUUAGCAGUAGGUGCGCUGCUUGGGCUCUCGCUUAUGCUGAAUGGCAGAGAUAUUGGGAGUGCCUUGUCUGACACUGUGAAUAACCACAAAUGGGGGAUCGUUCUUACAGUCUGCGGUGUUGUCCUCAUGGACUUCAGUGCAGAUUCAGCAGACAAUCCCAGCCAUGCCUACAUGAUGGAUGUGUGCAGCCCAGCGGAUCAAGACAGGGGCCUCAACAUCCAUGCCUUGUUAGCAGGUCUUGGAGGUGGCUUUGGUUAUGUUAUUGGAGGAAUACAUUGGGAUAAAACCAGUUUUGGAAAAGCUGUGGGAGGGCAACUGCGUGUCAUCUAUGUCUUCACAUCAAUAAUACUGACUGUUACUACUGUGCUGACUCUAAUUAGCAUUCCAGAAAGACCCCUAGGGUCCUUUAGCAGGAAGAAAAAGGUGAUGAAGAGUCCAAGUCUUCCUCUCCCUCCUUCUCCACCUCUCUUCUUUGAAGAGGGUGUAAAUGAAAACUUUGCUUCUCAUAACUCGGCUCACUUAUAUGCAAGUUUUACAAGCCCCGUUUCUCCCCUCAGCCCGCUCACACCCAAGUAUGGCAGUUUUAUCAGCAGAGACAAUUCCUUGACAGGAAUUAACGAAUUUGCAUCAUCAUUUGGGACUUCAAAUAUUGACAGUGUGCUUAUAGACUGUUUUACAGGUGGGCACAGUAGUUACUUAGCACUUCCAUCUAGCUUGCCCAGGCAGCCUGUCAGUGUCAGCUUUCCUCGGGUGCCAGAUGGUUGUUACCAACAAGAAAAUGGAACUCUGGAGCAAGGGGAGAGGAGCAUAAUUCCAGGGCCUGAUGGAGAGGCACUGAGGGUGGGCUCCCUGGAUGCAAUAAAGCCACGGUCAUCAGGCAUUCUGAAAAGACCUCAGAGCUUGGCCAUUCCAGAUAUUGUAACAGGACAUUGUCCAGAAAAUAGCAGAAGAAGAAAUGUAACAUUCAGCCAACAGGUUGCUAAUAUCCUGCUGGAUGGUGUUAAGUAUGAGAGUGAACUGAAUGGAUCAGGCGAGACCUCUGAGCAACCACUCUCCAUGAAACUUCUUUGCUCAACCAUCUGCCACAUGCCCAAAGCUCUUCGUAACCUCUGCAUCAACCACUUCCUAGGAUGGCUCUCGUUUGAGGGGAUGCUGCUCUUCUACACUGACUUUAUGGGAGAAGUAGUGUUUGAAGGGAAUCCAAAAGCCCCUCACAACUCAGAUGAAUAUCAGAAGUACAACGCUGGGGUCACCAUGGGCUGCUGGGGAAUGUGCAUCUAUGCAUUCAGUGCUGCUUUCUAUUCAGCUGCACUGGAGAAGCUGGAGGAGCGGUUCAGCACACGCACGCUGUACUUCAUUGCGUAUUUGGCCUUUGGGCUGGGUACCGGGUUGGCCACACUCUCCAGGAAUAUCUACGUGGUACUGUCACUGUGCACCACCUAUGGCAUUCUGUUUGCCACGCUCUGCACGCUGCCCUACUCUCUACUCUGCGACUACUACCAGAGCUGUGAGUUUGCAGGCUCGCACGCAGAGGGUACACGGCGUGGGAUGGGUGUUGAUAUCUCCCUACUCAGCUGCCAGUACUUCUUGGCGCAGAUCCUGGUGGCCCUGGCCAUGGGGCCGCUGACGACAGCUGUGGGCAGUGCCAGUGGCACCAUGUACUUUGCCAGCCUGGUGUCCUUCCUGGGCUGCCUCUUCUCCUCCCUUUGCGUCAUCUAUGAGCCAACCCUGUCCACUGAGGAGCUGCCACCCCCUGAGGAGCAGAGCCCUCUCCUGCCCCAUGUGCAGGACCAGUAAAUGGGAGAAGCUGCUGCA